AUGAUUCAGGAUGAGAACGACGAUAAGUGCAGUGCCUGUAAUGGUAACGGCGAACUUGUCCUGUGCGAUGGCUGCACACGUUCUUUCCACUUCAAGUGUGUGGAUCCGCCUAUGAUUGCAGGUGCCCCUGAUCUCCCACCAUCAUGGUAUUGCAAUAAGUGUGACUUUGAUCAACAUCGUCGUCAAAAUGAAGAGAACCCAAAUUCCGCUUUUGGUGGACUUCUCUACAACCUCGAAGCCCAAAACCCAAGAUCUUUCCGACUUCCUGAAGAUAUUCGUGGAUAUUUCGAAGGAGUCGUCACCGGUCCUGAUGGUGAAUAUACAGAACCGCCAGCACCAUCAAAGGCAAAGUAAGCAUUCCAUAUUCCUACAAAAUGAAAUCGAUUCUAACUCAACGCAGGAAUAAGGGAGGCUGGCACGAAGAAGCACCUGAUUACUUCCGAACAAAGGAUUCCAAGGGCAAGCCCAUUCUCUGUCACCACUGCAGUACCUCAGCAUCUCCUCCCAAUCGGAUGGUCAUUACUUGCUCUACGUGUGGUUUGUACUGGCACCUUGAUUGUCUGGAAACUCCGAUGGCAAAGGAGCCUCCUGCCGGAAGACCUUGGCAGUGUCCAGCUCAUAUUGAUGAUGUCCUAUCCGUUCUACCUCUGAAGCUCGGACAAGCUCAUCGAUGGCGAAAGAUUAAAGGCGCCAAGGCCAUCGUCCCUGCAAUUCCUCGUGGAACGAGAAACAAUGGUCACAUCGAGAUUGAACCCUCACCCAGCGAUGAGGAUGAACCAAAGGGUUUCUAUGAAGAGACUCAAUUUGGCACCGUAUACAAACUCCCAGAGCAAGGCCUCAAGCUUGAUUUCAUUUCAAAGUGAGUUUUUGCUGAUCCAUGUUGAAACAUAUUCUAAUAUGCGUCACAGAAUCAAGGGCCAAGGCGGUGGUAUUUCCCGAUCGGGCUUCCUCAAUCGAAGCAUUCCAUCACCGAAUAUAUCCGUCUUCCAUGCCCGAACCAUUUCUGAACAGCAGGCUGCUCUCAACCUGGCUACUUUAGCUAGUCAAGCAGUAAAGUCGCCUACCCAGGAGCUCAUCAAGACCUUACUGGUAAGCAGCACUGAGAUGAAUCCCCGUUUCAUCCUCCGUCCUUUAUGACGCAAUCCACGUGCCAGGCUGACUAAAUAUGAUAGGAUAAUGCCCCACAACCUGUUGUUGACCUUAUGGCUGUGCCCGAUUCAACCAACCUCACUCAGAAUCUGAAAAAUAUUCAAGGGAAAGAUAGACGAAGUUUGAAGGCUCUGCAGAGAUACUUGAACAGCCAGUUAGGAUCUGAUGACGAUGACGACGAGGCCCAACCACGAAAGUCCAUCAAGAGAAAACGAAGCGAGGAGAGCAACGAAACAUCAUAGGGCUGCAAGCGCUGUCUGUCUUAUCGAUAACUCAGCUCCGACGAUGUGCAUGAACCUACAAUUUCCCUUAUGGAAUCUUCAACAUACGACACGUGAUCUCAAUUCCUGAGUCACAUGACUGUCAACACGGAACUUUCCGGGCGAUGUCGAUAUUGAACGGCCAUAAUCUUAUUAUGUCUCAUAGCAAUGAAGACAUUAUUCUCCUUUUCUUUUUCUCACAUUGUUUUUCUUCUUCUUUUUUCUAUCUGCAUCAAUCAUGCCAUCUCAGAUGGGUCGGAUCAAUCGCAUUGUAUCAUAUGGCGUCUGCGGGGAAAUCUUUUUUUUACACCAACUCUUUUUCAAUCCGACAUGUUCGCGGGUUAGGAAAAGGUGGUGACUGGUUUUUUAUUUACCUGGAUACCAUUGAGAGCGAAGAUCAGAAGGAUCUCUUUUAUUUUCUUUUUUCCUUUAAUUUGAAGGGGAUCAGAUCGAUUCAUGAUUGUGAGCGAGCGAAAGAGUGGCGAACGAGAAUGUAUCCGGGGAAGAUGGGGUUUUCCACGAGAGAAAAUUUGCGGUGCUUUCUAAUGCUGAUCAAUGCCUUUGUGUAUUUGGGGAGAGAGCAAAGAAAAAGGUAACUACUACCUUUUUUACAUUAGAUUUGAUUGAGGGGUGGACGGAUGGAUGAGG